CACACUAAUUUCCACAUCCCUCUUCCAUAUAUUUCCUUCUGUAGUAAACAAGUGAAAAUGGCUCCAAGAGCUUUCCUUUUUCUUGCUCUAGCUUUUGCGGUUGUCCUUCUCAUUACCUCUGAAAUGGUUGCAGCUAAGGAGUUGGCUGCAGGUGAGAUUAACGAUAGUGGACGUGGUGGAUACAGCGGCGGUGGUGGCCGCGGAGGGCAUGACAAUGGCGGUGGCCGCGGAGGAAAUGACAAUGGUGGACGUGGAGGACAUGACAAUGGUGGUGGACGUGGAGGGAAUGACAAUGGCGGUGGUCGCGGAGGGCAUGACAAUGGCGGUGGCCGCGGAGGAAAUGACAAUGGUGGACGUGGAGGACAUGACAAUGGCGGUGGACGAGGAGGGAACAACAAUGGUGGAGGAAACAGAGGUUGCAGGUAUGGCUGCUGUGGUGGUGGACGUUCCUACGGAAGAGGAGGGUGCAGGUGUUGCAGCACAUUUGCAGAGGCGACUACUUACAAACAAACUCAAAACUAAGCACCGAGAAAGAACCAUCUUUUGAGUCAUGUACUAAAAAGACGUUUUACAAAGCAAUUAUGCAUUACGUAUUGUUUAUAUGUCAAAUAAUUAGCACGACUUCUUUCGAUGGAAGUAUGCACUUAAUAUGUAUCGUAAAAUAAUAGAUCUUGUAACUCUCUAUGUCCAAAUAUAUGCCUUUUCAAUA